GGCGGUGCUGGUGCCGCACAGCCUGAGGGAGGACUCCCCCCUCUCCGUCUCCGAGCUCCUGCCCGACGGCCUCAGCCUGCCUCGCCUCAACGUCACCCUCCCCCUGCAGCUCCCCCUCUCCCUCUCCCUGCCCUCCCUGGACGCACUGCUCGCAUCCACUGGAGCGGCAACAACCGCCAACGGUAACGCUAACGGUAACGGCAGCAGCAUUAGCAGUUCCUUCAACCUCUCAGCGCUGCUCGGCCUAACCGACAGUCUAACCGAUUCGCUAACCGACACCCUAACCGACACGUUUAACGACCUAACCGAUCUGAUUAGCGUCCGGCGGUUGUCAGUUACCGCUCAGUUGCGAGCUCUGCUGUCGCAACUGCCGGCAUUCAGUUUGCCGCAGCUGGGUAACGGCAACGGCAACGGCAGUACGGAGGGGGGCGGUGCGGGGCUGAGGCCGGGUCUGGUGAUGGCUCGGAGGGGCUACCGAGCGAAACACCCCGUGGUGAUCGUGCCAGGUUUCGUGACGUCCGGUUUGGAGCUGUGGCAGGGGCUGCCGUGCGGGCAGCGCUACUUCCGGCAGCGCAUGUGGGGCACACUGGCCAUGGUGCAGGCCUUCCUCAGCGACCCCGGCUGCUGGUUCCGACACAUGGAGCUGGACCCCGCCACGGGACUGGACCCCGAGGGCAUCAAGGUUCGUGCCGCAGUGGGGCUAGAGGCGGUGGACUACUUCAUACCCGGAUACUGGGUGUGGGGCAAGCUGGUGGAGGCGCUCGCCGACGUGGGGUACGACAGCAACAGUCUCGUCAGCAUGCCGUACGACUGGAGGCUGGCCAUGCCGCUGCUGGAGGAGCGCGACGGCUACUUCACUCGGCUGCGGUCCGCGGUGGAGUCGCUGGGUGCGGUGGCGGGGGAGCGGGUGGUGCUGACGGCGCACUCGUACGGGGAGAACGUGGUCCGCGCCUUCAUGGCCUGGGUGGAGGCCGACCAGCCGGGCUGGGUGGAGGCGCACGUGGCCGCCGUCGUCAACAUCGCGGGGACCAGUCUGGGGGUACCCAAGUCGGUGUCGGCACUCAUGUCGGGUGAGACCCGUGACACCGCGCAGCUGGGAGCGCUGGCUGGCUUCCUCACCUCCAACCUGGUGCCCCGCGCCGCCCGCACGCGCGUGUGGCGCUCCUGGGGGGCGGCGUACGCGAUGCUGCCGGCGGGGGGGCCGCCGGUGUGGGGCAACACCAGCUGGGCGCCGGACGACAGCGAGGAGAUGAGGCGGGGGGGCAGGACGUACGGCGCCAUGGUCUCCCUGUGGCCGCACGACUGGCAGUCGCUGCUGUCCGCCGCCGCCUCCGCGCCCGCCCCGCAGCGGCAGCGGCUGCAGCAGCUGGUGGCGGAGGUGAGCCAGACGGCGGGGGAGGCGGCGGCGGAGGUGGCGACGGAAGUGAAGGUGGCGGUGAAGAUGGG